GGGGGGGAAGCGCGUCGGCGGAAAUGACCGAAGAUGCCCGAAGCCGUCGGGACGGACCCGAGCACCUCACGCAAGAUGGCGGAGCUGGAGGAGGUGACUCUGGACGGGAAGCCUCUGCAGGCGCUGCGGGUGACCGACCUGAAGGCCGCCUUGGAGCAGCGAGGCUUGGCCAAGAGCGGGCAGAAGAGCGCCCUGGUGAAGCGGCUCAAAGGGGCUCUAAUGCUAGAAAAUUUACAGAAACACUCAACACCCCAUGCUGCAUUCCAGCCAAAUUCUCAGAUUGGCGAGGAAAUGAGCCAGAACAGUUUCAUAAAGCAGUAUCUGGAAAAGCAGCAGGAGCUACUUAGGCAGCGUUUGGAACGUGAAGCUCGCGAAGCUGCCGAACUUGAAGGAAAAAGCUCUGUUUCUGAAGAGAAGGGUGACUCUGAUGACGAGAAAAGAAGGAAAGGAGAGCGACGAUCAACCAGGGUUAGACAGGCAAGAGCUAAACUCUCUGAAUGCAGCCAGGCUGCUGAAGAGGAGGAAGAUCAGGAAACACCAUCCAGAAAUCUGAGGGUCAGAGCAGAUCGAAAUGUUAAAACUGAAGAAGAGGAGGAGGAAGAAGAGGAAGAAGAAGAAGAGGAGGAAGAGGAAGAUGAUGACGAUGAGGGGCAAAAGUCUAAAGAUGCACCAGUCCUGAAACAGUUUGAAGUAGAAGAGGGGGGAGAAUUGUCCAAAGCAAAACUAGAAGACGUGAUAGAUGAGAAACCCCAGACCAUAAGAUCCCCAGAACAGGAAGUGUUAGAACGAGGAGGAAGGAUGACAAGAUCCCAGGAAGAGGCAAGAAAAAGUCUUCUGUCCAGACAUCCACAGCCAGAGAGAGAGAUGCAAACUGCUUCACCCCUUGAGGAUGAAGGAAAGGAAAUUAAAUCUUCAAAAGACUUAGAGGAAAAAUCAAAGUCUCCUUCCCCCCCGCGAUUGACAGAAGAUGUGGAGAAAGUCCCUCAUGUGCUGCAGCCAGAGCAGACUGCCAGUGAGGAGGAGACUCCCCCACCUUUACUUACCAAGGAAGCCGCUUUGCCACCACCAAAUACACAACUGCAGAGUGAAGAAGUAGAGACUGUGGAAGGCCCAGCCCCCCCUGUUCUCACUCAGUUGUCACCUCCUAAUACAGAUGCUGAGGGUAGGGAGGUAUUAGCAUCUCAACACACUGCCCAAACAGUGGGAAGCGUGGCUCCUUUGACAAGUCCUAUGGACGCCAAAGCAGAACCUUUAGUUGAGAAAAUGCCGGAGAGUGCCCUGCCUUCAGUUCAGAAAAGCACACGAGCUGAUUCAACACAGAAGGUUACUGAAGCUGAGUUAGAAAAAUCUGUUCAACCACUCGCCCUAAAAAUGGAGGAGUUAGCACCAUCCAAAGGGGUCCCUGAAGAAUCUCUGAAUAAGCCAUCUUUGGAACAGAAAGAAGGCACAGGGACUUCUCCUGCUCUUCUGCCUAGGCCUGGAUUAAAACAGUCAGCUGACUCCUCCAGCCGUUCCUCCUCCUCUUCCUCCUCCAGUUCUAGGUCAAGAUCACGCUCUCCUGACAGUUCAGGCUCUCAGUCUCACUCGCCUUCCAGAUCCCAGCAGAGAGAUGCAUCUCAAAUACAUACUGUCACCAAUCCUCAUGGUCGAUCCACCUUGGGUUCCAGAUCUACAUCUGAGUCCAGGUCACGUUCCCGGUCUCGUUCUCGUUCAGCUUCAAGCAGUAGCAGAAAAUCUCUGAGCCCUGGGGUCUCCAGGGACAGCAGCAUCAGCUACACUGAAACCAAAGAUCUCUCUUCUGGUCAGGAGGUUGCAACUCCACCAGUGUCACAACUGCAGGCCUUUGAGCCCCCAGAGAGGACCUCCACUCCAGCCUCUCUCCGAGGGAGGCGUGUGAGCCAGUCUGAGCCAGUGGAAAAGCGUGUCAUCCAGAGGUUACAGCCUGAAAGGGGGAGCCCAAAGAAGUGUGAAGCGGAAGAGGCAGAGCCACCAGCUGCCACACAGCCUCAAACCUCAGAGUCUCAGACCUCUCACCUACCAGAAUCAGAAAGGACUCAGCAUACUGUUGAGGAGAAGGAGGAAGUGACCAUGGACACAAAUGAAAACAGACCUGAAAAUGAGGUUCUGGAGCCCCCCAUGACUAUCACAGACCAAGUCAGCAAUGAUGACCGCCCAGAAGGCAGUGCUGAAGAUGAGGAGAAGAAAGAGAGCACGCUGCCCAAAUCAUUCAAGCGGAAGAUCUCCGUUGUCUCAGCUACCAAGGGAGUGCCGGCUGGAAACAGUGACACGGAGGGGGGCCAGCCUGGUCGCAAGCGGCGUUGGGGAGCCAGCACAGCUACUACACAGAAGAAGCCCUCCAUCAGUAUCACCACGGAAUCACUCAAGAGCCUCAUCCCCGACAUCAAACCCCUGGCGGGGCAGGAGGCUGUGGUGGAUCUUCAUGCUGACGACUCCCGAAUCUCUGAGGAUGAGACGGAGCGUAAUGGUGACGAUGGGACCCAUGACAAAGGGCUGAAAAUAUGCCGGACUGUCACUCAGGUAGUACCUGCUGAGGGCCAGGAGAAUGGACAGAGGGAAGAGGAAGAAGAGAAGGAGCCUGAAGCAGAGCCCCCUGUACCGCCCCAGGUUUCAGUAGAGGUGGCCUUGCCCCCACCUGUGGAGCAUGAAGUAAAGAAAGUGACUUUAGGAGAUACUUUGACCCGACGGUCCAUUAGCCAACAGAAGUCUGGAGUCUCCAUUACCAUUGAUGAUCCAGUCAGAACUGCUCAGGUGCCCUCACCACCCCGGGGCAAGAUCAGUAACAUUGUCCACAUCUCCAAUUUGGUUCGCCCCUUCACUUUAGGUCAAUUGAAGGAAUUGUUGGGGCGAACAGGAACUCUGGUGGAAGAGGCCUUCUGGAUUGACAAGAUUAAAUCUCACUGCUUUGUAACGUAUGCAACCAUAGAAGAAGCUGUUGCCACCCGAACAGCACUGCAUGGGGUAAAAUGGCCUCAGUCCAACCCGAAGUUCCUUUGUGCUGACUAUGCUGAACAAGAUGAGCUGGAUUAUCACCGGGGCCUCUUGGUGGACCGUCCUUCUGAAGCUAAGGCUGAGGAGCAAGGUGUGCCACGGCCCCUGCACCCCCCACCUCCACCUCCUGCCCAGCCACCACAGCACCCCCGGGCAGAACAGCGGGAGCAGGAGCGGGCAGUGAGGGAACAAUGGGCAGAGCGGGAACGGGAAAUGGAGCGGCGAGAGCGAACUCGGUCAGAACGUGAAUGGGAUCGGGACAAAGUUCGAGAAGGACCCCGUUCCCGAUCACGGUCCCGGGACCGUCGCCGUAAGGAACGUGCAAAGUCUAAAGAAAAGAAGAGUGAGAAGAAAGAGAAAGCUCAGGAGGAGCCACCUGCCAAGCUACUGGACGACCUUUUCCGUAAGACCAAGGCUGCUCCCUGUAUCUACUGGCUCCCACUAACUGACAGCCAGAUUGUUCAGAAGGAGGCUGAACGGGCCGAGCGGGCCAAGGAGCGGGAGAAACGGCGGAAGGAGCAAGAAGAGGAGGAGCAGAAGGAGCGGGAGAAGGAAGCCGAGCGAGAGCGGAACCGACAGCUAGAGCGGGAGAAGAGGAGGGAGCAUAGCCGGGAGAGGGACAGGGAAAGAGAGAGGGACAGGGACCGGGACAGAGGGGAUCGAGAUCGAGAACGGGAAAGGGACCGGGAACGAGGCCGGGAGAGGGACCGCAGAGACACCAAGCGCCACAGCAGGAGCCGGAGUCGGAGCACACCUGUGCGGGACCGGGGUGGGCGCCGCUAGCUGGGGACUCUAGGGACAGCAGCAGGUGGCAGCCCCCUGCCCCUGGGGUUCAGGACCACAGCGGAUAGGUACAAUCUCCACUCCCGGAACCAAGGGUCUCCACCAAUUUGCUCAGUGCUGAAGUACGGCUGCCGCCUGUCCCCCCACAUACCAAAUGGAGCAGUGGCUGUUUCUCUCCUGCUUCCUGUAACCUGUCUGGCGUCUUGGCCCUUUCCUCCCUCUCAUUUCUUGUUGUUCAGUGUACGAGGGAAGGGCUAGGUCAGGGAGGAAGAUGAUCGGCCGAGAGGUGGGGAACUGCUAGAAGCCCCAAGUACCUUUCAUCUUUCUGCCCUCCUGCUCACCACCUCCCUUGGUUGCUCACAGCCUCUUGGGAACAGCUGGGGCCAGGACCGGGUCACCUAUGAGCUGAAUCAGCAUCUCCUGAGUCCCGGGGCCCCUGCAGUUCCCACUUCUCUCCUGCAGUCCUUGCCUCUCGUCCACCGGUUCCACUUUAUAGCCACCUUUUACUUUUGUUCAAUUUUUAUUUUUAUUUUUUUUAUUAUUAAAUGAUGUGGUCUAUGGAAAAUAAUAAAAAUCUGACUUAGUUUUAA